AUUUUGUACAAAAGUAUCAAACAGUUCGAUUGAAAAGGAAUCGGCGUUAGUGGUGUAGGUUCAGAUAGUGAAUAAUCAGGCGUGAUUGAUAGAGUACACAAGCACUCCGCAUAGAAAAGUGGAGUUCAAGUGCUGUCCGGCUGUAGCCAGACCGUCGAAUAAGAUUAGUCAUCAUCGGAGCGUGUGAAUUCCCGUUCCAGCCAGUCGCGGAGACGGAAGUUAGAUUUUCUUAUAGUGACUUUAUUUUCCAGAGUGAAACCUUAGAAGGAUAAAGAUUCGAAGAAAAUAACACUGCUCUGCCUGCAGUGGCUUACGAAUCACUUGACUCCAUUCGAACCGUUCCUUCGCCCACCAGUUGUGUGCGAUAACGAAACGCGAGCAUGGAUAUCUUCAUUCCGAUAGUCAUCUGCUUCGUACUGUUUGUGUUCUUUUCCCUCUGUGGUAUGUGCUGUAAGCGGAGACGUGAUCAGGGAGCCGUGAUCGCUACACCGGUUGUUAUCACAACGACUCAACAUCACGUAGGACCUUAUCCGGUGACGCAAGUUGGUGGAGUGACAAUGGCGCAACCCGUCGGAACAGGGGUGGUAAUGCACCAGCAUACCAGUGGAACCGGAGUAUACCCGAUGCCACAGCCGAUGCCGAGCUACAACCAAUCGCAGGCUACCGGAUAUCAAAACCAGCAACCCUACCCGGUGCAGCAAUACCACACCCAACAGAUGCCAAUGCCCAUGCCGAUGCCGGGCAGUGCUCCACCUCCACCAGCAGCUGCUCAGUCGAUGGCAAACCCACCCAGUUACCAUGAUGUCGUAUCGGAGAAUUACCCGAAACAGGCACCCUAUAAUCCGCACUACACGGGUCAGUAGAGGUAAUCAAAAAUAUGUAAAGUAAAGCAGAUGUAGGAAACACGAUUGUCCCAGUAAAGGACACGACCAGGUAGGCAGUACCAGAAGCGUGUGAUUGAUUAACAAAAAAAAAGUCGAACGAGAGUCAUUCGAACAAAUGAUUCAAAUAUUUUGCUGUUUCUAAAGAAAUUUCUAUAAGGUUCAAUAGGGACCCUUCAUAAAUUACGUAACGCAAAAAAAUCCCGGAAUUGAUUCCCCUCGUACCCCCAUUCCCCUUCCCUAGCGCGUAAUAAUAUCUUGAUUUUUUUCUUCAGUGAAAACAUGUAACAUGCCCCUAAAAGUGUUACCUAAUUUAUGAAUAGUCCCAUACAAGGCAAUGUGCUCAUAUGUGAUUACGAAAUUUUGUUGUUGAAUGCUUUGAAUUUUACUCCGGACAUCGGACAGCAACAUUAGAGAUUCGAGUUCCGGUUUAGGGCACGUUGUAUUGUCAAAGAUUUACGCUCGCCUUAUGAGAGCCAUAGCAUCGCAAAAGGAUGAAUUAGAUAGGUUAUUUACUACGUGUAAAAAGGUUCCCACUAUUAAUCCUUGUUCUGCGAGUCAGAGCGCGUGGUGUUUGUUCCAAAGUGUGCAUCUUUGUGUUAUUCAUCGAAUACCACUUCGCUCGUCUAGUAGAUAGGUUAGUAAUCGUUUUGAAAUAGUAUCCAUAGCAAAGAACGAUUGAUUGAACUGAGUUACUUAUGUACAGUAUGUGUUUAAACAAGAGAACUAAUAAAUCACUAUUUCAUAUUAUUAUUACCAAGAUUAUUACUGUUAAGAACAUAGCCGGUGAACGAGCAGGUUGAACGAAAAGAAUUAGCUUUACCUAUAUUUUGAUAAGUCGACUAUGGAAACGCCAUUUCUAAUCGCUAGCACUUGGAGCUAAGAUAGUGUGUAUAAUCACUAAUGAUGCCGGAAGCCUACCGGACUUUCCAUUAUUAUGUUAGAAUAUAGUGUAUACAUUUUAUAAAACAAAAUAA